UUUGGGGAUAUCCAUUUCCUGUUCCAACAUGACUGUGCACAGUCCAUAAAGACAUGAAUGAGAGAGUUUGUGCAGGCCAGUCCAGUUCUUCCACACCAAAGUCCUGACCUCAACCCGACAGAACACCUUUGGGAUUGAUUAAUUAGAGUAGAGACUGUGAGCCAGGCCUUCUUGUCCAACAUCAGUGUCUGACCUCACAGAAGUGUUUAUGGAAGAAUGGCCAUAAAUUCCAAUAAAGACAACCCUAAACUGUGGAAAGCUUUCCAAGAAGAGUUGAGGCUGUUAUAGCUGCAAAAAGUGGGCCGAAAAAAUUAACUGAAAUAAAACUGAAAGUGAUUUAAAAACAAAGAAAUCUAAUGUAAAAUAAAAAACGUUACACUAACUCUGCUGACCAGCUUUUUGGAGCACAUUAGUUAACACAAGAUUAAAGAUGGUAAAUGGCCUGUAUUUGUAUAGCGCUUUACUGGUCCCUAAGAACCCCAAAGCGCUUUACACAUCCAGUCAUCUACCCAUUCACACACACAUUCACACACUGGAUUAGAGAUUAAAGAUGAGACUUUCUCAUUUUAAUCAACUUGAGGAAGAUAUUAUUUUAAGCAACAAUUUCACUAUGAAUGGCAAAAGUGAAUAUGUUGACACAUUCAUCAUGCAAUAUAGUAUUUUUCCAAUGAAGUUCACAAGGCUGAAGUAACAGGUUUUUACUUUGUUUCUAGAAUAUUUUCAAAUAUUUGAAAUGCAAUUUAUUAAAAGGGCAAAAAUGUGCUGACUAUUGAAGAGAAACAUGUCCAGCAGGGAGGAGGGGCAGGAAACACUGAUGUCAGCACGGAUGAAGUGAAGGGAGGACUGCUUUGCUUUUUCCUGUUUUGUCCCCACUUCUCCUCCCCCUCCUCUUAUCACUGAAGUGGAGAUGGAAAGAACUGGGAUCAGAGCGCGGACGAAGGAUUAACAACUGAGUGAAAAUGGGGAAAGAUAAAGGCAAACAGACUGACACAGUGUGAACGAGAAAGUGAGGGGAAACGGAUACCAAAACGAGUGAAGGCGUUGAAUAGAUUAAAAAGUAUACCACAGAAGAAGCCACAAAGAUAGAGGGCUGAAUAGCUGUUUCUGGAGUUGGGUGGACCCUUUACGAGAAAGUGUCGACAUCAACCACCGCAGCUACCAUGUACAGUGGAUAUGGAGGGACUCCGUCCCGAACUCUGUCGACGAUGUCUCUGUCCAUUCGCCCAGUCAGACGCCUUACCUCCAGAUCCAUCACUAGGAGCCAGAGCUUUACUGGAGUCAAUACCCACGACAAACCUUACCGGAACCUUGUGGUGUUCAGCACUCCUGGUCUCAGCAGGAAGCCCAGCAGAGCAAGCAGAUUGUUUACUAUGUCGAUCAAGGCCAACCCCCCACCGAAGGUUCCUCAACCAGAGCGACUGGAUGAAGUGUAUGAAGCACUGAAGAAAGGCCUUCAGUCUUACCUGCAGGUUCAUCAGAUGGACUUGGACACACUUACCAGACAGAUAAAAGAAUCAAAGAGGAACUCUAGACUGGGUUUCCUGUAUGAGCUGGACAAGCAAGUAAAGGUGACUGAGCGGUACAUUAGAAAACUGGAGUUUCAUCUCAGCAAGAUUGAGGAGUUUUAUGAGUCCUACUGCAUGCAGAGGAGACUCAGGGAUGGAGCCAACAAGAUGGUGAAAGCGUACACCGCUUCCUCAGGAAGUAAGGAGGCCAAGGAGAGUUUAGCAGAAGCCAGUAAAGGAUACAAGGAGUACACAGAGAACAUGUGUGUGCUGGAGAAUGACUUUGAGAACCAGCUGGGGAAGUUCCACAUAAAGAUGAAGGGUCUGGCAGGAUUUGCUAGAUUGUGUGCUGGUGACCAAUAUGAGAUCUUUAUGAAGUAUGGUCGGCAGCGGUGGAAGCUCCGGGGGCGAAUAGAGAUAAAUGCUAAACAAGUGUGGGACAGUGAAGAGAUUGUAUUUCAGCCACUCAUCAACGAGUUCCUGUCUGUGAAGGUGACAGAGCUAAAGAGCUUAGCCAAUCACGUGGUGGUGGGAAGUGUUUCCUGUGAAACAAAGGACCUGUUUGCUGCGCUGCCCCAGAUGGUUGCUGUGGAUAUUAAUGACCUUGGGACUAUUAAGCUAAGCCUUGAGGUGACCUGGAAUCCGUUUGAUAAAGAUGACCAGGGAUCGGUUGCAAGCACUGUCAACAAACCACCAAGCAUCAAUAAGCGAAUCUCAGCCAUUUUUGACCAGACUCCACCUGACACACCACCUUUACGUAACGUGAUCCGCCUACAGGGAGAGUUGGAGAAUGGACCAGCAUGGUCUAAUUCUUCAGAAUCUUCUGAUGAUUCAACCAGCCCACAGCUGCCUGCACAUCCAAAGGCAGUAGUGGUGACACCAGACGUCCAGCCAGUUGGACAAAGGAGUUCCCUCCUUCAGCCUGAUGUUUCUUCUUGCUCCGGAAACUGGCCUUCCUCAGCUCAAAAGGAAGGUAUCAUCCUACCAAAACAACCAGCGGAGAGCAACAGGCAUGAGGAAAAGGGGACAGUCACUGUGAUAACAAAGCCUGACGGUGAGGAAGAAGCUGCGGGGAAACGCUCCUCUAUGGCACCAGUGGAUGUGCCGAUAAUUACCAGCAGUAACUCUACAUUGUACUUACGCUCUCUGAGUCACAUUAGUGAAAACAGUGCUGAUGGGGUUGUGGUGCCUGUCAGUGAAUCGGGGGACGUGAUGUCUCUGGUCUCUGGAAUCUCAAUCAAUGACAUUGAAAUGGAGGUGGCCAGCAGAACUCCUGAGUCACCCACUUCUGCUGACACUGACACAGCUGUUGAUGUCACUGAUCCCCACCCAGUCAGGAAGCAACACAAUACAUCCACCUCUGUGGAUACAUCGGCCCCUCUGAGAGCAGGAGCAGACUCCAAUGUUGUAGAAAGUGGGGAUAUGACAUAUCUCGCUCUGCAGGUGCCAGUGGAGGAGGAUAUCCCAGCUUCAAGUUCCAACUGCCUGUCUGCUAAGGGCGAUGGUCCAGUGGACAGUGGACUAGAGGAUGCCUUGGUAGCUGUACUUUCCUCUAUAGAUGAUUAUAGAGGACCGUUUUCUGAGCUACAACUACUGGAACAAGAGCUGAAACUGCUGCAGGUUACACUGAAGGGUGGGAGGCACAGCCGGUCACCCAGUGUAGUCAGCCUCACAGUGGAAACAGCUCUUGGCAGCUUUGACUUCCUGAAUGGAUCAGACUGGGAGGAGGAAGAAGAGGAUGGUGAUAAGAGGAGUCGACAUGGCAGAGGCUGGGACAGCCCUUCCUCCUCCAACGUACCCCUAACCACAGGCUGCACCACUCUAGACUGCUGCCUGGUGGUCCAUUUGAGGAACUGCAAUGCACAGUUGUUGUGUCUGGGCAAGUUUGGUCCUCUGAGAUGUGGAGAGAUGUAUGCCUUGGACAGACUGCUGAGAGAGGCUCGUGUCCUCGAAAUCAUCCGACGCGUCACCAAAGAAAACCCACAGAAAAUCAGACCAGCUACUGAAGUUAUCCCGGCGCUAGGUCUGUGCCUGGGUGCUGUGUCGCUAUGGCAAGAAUGUGUGGGACAGGGUAGCAUGUACAGCGUCUCUGCUGAAAGGUUCCUGAAUACACUGUCGACGAUCUACGCUGGUUUACUGCCUGAAAGGGCCGAAGCAGUGUUCUUGUGCCUGGUUGAGCGUGUACUGGAUCAGAGGUUACCACGACGAGGAAGCAGCAGGGACAACAUGAUGGUGACGUUGUUCCAGCUGUGGAGCUACUUGGACUCGAAUGCUGUCAGUGAUAUGGACACACACAUCAUUGAACUGGCAAAAGAGGUAUGGUUGGUACAGAACCUGGCGUCAUCUGACCAGGAUGUGAUUGUCAAUGCUCUACGCCGCCCUGCAGAGUGCAGCCUGAGGAGAGAAGGAAUUCAUGCCGUGGCCAAAUUACUAAAAGAUCCUCGGGGCAAAGUGUCUGCCUCUGCCAGCUCUGUACUGAGAAGCCUCGCUGCUCAGCCCAGACAGAGAAAACAGGCUUUGGUCAGCUGUUUGGAGCUGCUGGAAGAUGAGAAUGUGGACAAUCGAGUGUGUGGAUGCAAAGCUUUAGCUUGUCUCAAGGCCAAAGAAAGCAUUGAUCAGUUGGUGUAUCUCUGCCGGGCAGACAAGGAAGAAGUACGAGAUGCUGCCAAACAAACACUGCUAGUGCUUGGUGAGGAAGGGAAGAUGGCCCAUAGACACGUGGAGACAUCUCAGGACAGCAUCUCAAGACUUUUUGCACCAGGAAGCAUGGCCAGCACAGCUUUUUAACACAACACGCACACAGGCGGUUACAGCUGCUGAAAACAAAAAUUCAGUGACAACACUGGAGAGUAUAAUGUCAUUUUUGCAAUGCUUUGACAUGACAUGGUGUCACAGGAAUAUAGGGUAUACUGUCCUCUUCAGCUACGACUGUAGCUAAAAACAUAAAGAAAAAUGUGUUAAAUGCAGUAUAUAUCCUGUCAGAACAAAACUCAAAGGGACAAACUCCAACACUGGCUGCAAACAAGAAAUGCAUCAGACGUCUUAAUAAUGUAAAAUAUUCAUCUACAUCAUAAGGCAAAAGCUUUUCAGAGUCACCUUGUUUAUAAUUAUUUUCCUGGGUCCACAAAUGCGCAAAAUGUUAAAUCUUUAUACUGUUUACUUACUGCUACUACUAUUUCUUUGGAUGCUCUAGAAAGCUGUGGGUUUUUACCAAUGAUAUUACAGUCACUACACUAAGAGUCAUAUACCAGUGGGAGUUAGACUUCUGCUAUUACAUGAAAAUGUGUUUUCUUAACGGGUGCUGCUGUCUCUAGCCUAGCUUAAAGGCUGCUUGGACGAUCUCCCCACAUGUCACUGUCAAAGUAACUAUUUACUGUACUUCUACUUGCUUGCUACUGAAUAGAUCUGAAGCCAAGUCCAAAUGAUUUUUUUUUUUUUUUUAAAUAGGACCACAUUAUAGACUGCAUAUGGACAUGGUGAUGUCAGACGCCACAUUAUGAAGUGUAAACUUUGGCAUUCUUGCCACUGCCAUGUUAGCUUUUUGGAGCAGGAAAUUGCUAACUUUAUACUACUAAACUCUAAGCUAACAACUAAGCUUGUUUAGCUAGCUGGAUUUCUAAACUGCAAUGCACAGACAAGUCUGGUAAGUAGUGAUAAGUAACAGAAUAAGAACAUACUAAAAUUACAUUUACCAACACUGCCACAUAGAUUUCUCAGGUGGUCUGUAGCACAUACUUUAUUAGCUCAAAUAUGGCAGGUCCAGUUUAGUAACUCUACGUGGUGGACGUGGAACUUAAGCAGACAUCUAUUAGGUAUAACUCCCUGUGCCAAGACAAAGUGUCAAAGUGUAAUGAACAUGUCAUGGAGGAUGACUGACAACCAGCCCCUCACCCACUUAUAGUUAUUGCAAACCUGUUUAUUUCUGCUCUGAACUGGGACAUUUUAACAGGGGAAUCUAUGGGUGGCCUCGCCUUUAGAGCAAGCAUCAAGUGAAGAUUAGACAAACUACAGCUUGUGGAACGUCUGCAGUGAUGGUUACCAUUUAGCCUACGUUCUUUAAAAGAAAAAAACUACAUGCACAGUGCCCAUCAGACACUUUAUUAUGGUAUUGCUUGUAAAUCUGCCUUAAUGUUGCAUUAUUUGCUUACCAGAAUUUGACAUUUUUACAGAUGAAAUGCUGUAAGAAGCAUUUUUUUUUUUUUUUUUUUGCAAAGUGUUCUUAGCUAACUGUGAAGCUAUUAAAGUAUAUUUACACGUAAAAGCAUGAAUUAACAUGUCUAAAAUGAAGAUACUGCUUUUUAUGACACAAUAUUGAAACUGAACUCUGUCAGUGUCGACGAAGUAAACACAAGCAACACAGACUGACUGAAGAGGUGCAGGAUGACUUUACACCUGAACUUUUUACAUGGUGUAUUCUACAUGGCAACACAUUCUAAUCAAAUCUCACCAAAGACAAAGACCAAAGAAUGUAACGCAUGAAAAGUUAA